CCAUUAUUGUAAAGCUACAGAAGAAAUUACAUACAGCGGCAGUAGAAUCGGGGGCUCGAUGGUGUCGCAUCUUGUAUUAAGGCGUUGUCGGGCUUUACGGAGAUAAAGCGCAAAUUGUAUUCGAGAGCAGGUGGUCCAUAUCCCAUCAGCAUCCCUUCACGGAAACAUGGCUGAGCCUGAGCUCCUCCUGGACUCCAAUAUUCGCCUUUGGGUUGUGCUGCCUAUUGUGUUCAUCACUUUUCUGGUUGGAGUCAUACGGCAUUACGUCUCAAUUCUGUUGCAAAGUGACAAGAAGCUCACGUUAGAACAGGUUUCAGACAGUCAGGUUCUCAUCAGGAGCAGAGUUUUACGAGAAAAUGGAAAAUACAUUCCUAAACAGUCUUUCUUGAUGAGAAAAUUUUACUUCAAUAAUCAAGAGGAUGGGUUUUUUAAGAAGACUAAAAGAAAGGUAGUUCCACCCUCUCCAAUGACUGAUCCCAGCAUGUUGACAGACAUGAUGAAAGGCAAUGUGACAAAUGUCCUGCCUAUGAUCCUUAUUGGUGGAUGGAUUAACUGGACCUUCUCUGGCUUUGUCACAACAAAGGUACCAUUUCCUCUCACACUCCGCUUCAAGCCAAUGCUUCAGCAGGGAAUUGAGUUGCUCUCACUAGAUGCAUCCUGGGUGAGUUCAGCAUCUUGGUAUUUCCUGAAUGUCUUUGGUCUCAGAAGCAUGUAUUCCUUAAUCCUUGGACAAGACAACGGUGCAGAUCAGUCUCGCAUCAUGCAGGAACAAAUGAGUGGCGCUGCGAUGGCAAUGCCUGCAGACACAAACAAAGCAUUCAAGGCUGAAUGGGAGGCAUUGGAGUUGACUGACCACCAGUGGGCCUUAGAGACUGUUGAGGAGGACCUAAUGAGUAAGGACUUGGACCUGACAGGAAUGUUCAGCAAAGAAUUGCCAACGGGCAUCUUCUAAGUGCCUGUCCACUACUGAGAGGUCUGGAGGACCUCAUCAAGUCAGAAUGACAGUGACUUCAGUGAAUCAUUGGACUGGUUUUGGAGGCGACUGAGCACUUCCAAUACGAUUUCUGACAGUUUUGUGUCAUAUGCAUGCAUGCAUCAUUCCAUCCAUUGUUUAGUUUUGCUCAGACACAAGUUUCAUUAAGGAAAGAUUUAUUUAAGCUUAAAGCUUUGUCUAUUACAACCGCACAAUACAUCUGUAACAUUGCAGUGCCUCCUGUAGUGUAGCGUGUGACCAGGUUUUCCUGAACGUAUUCCCCAAUAAUUACCGGUGUUUUUUUUCCUUUUAACAGAAUUAUUUUUUUUAGGUUCUGUUUUUAUUUAACUAGGACCAUAUGAGUGCUUGGACCAAGUAGGCAAAAUAAGGUUUUAGGAAGAAUUGUAAUAAUAAAAAUAGGACCAGUCUUGAGAUUCCAUUACAUAAAUAAUAAAUGCUAAUAUACUCACUGGUGUUUUAAUAGAUGCCUUCUUUGGUGCCAGCAAUCCAUCAUGCAAAUCUGAUUAAUUAGAUCAUGUGUAGAAAUGCAUUGGCAUGGUUAAUAUUUAUUUGACUUUUAAACAUCUUUGGUUUGGUAAAAUAAAAUUUGUCACUUGUGCACUUCUGGGAAAAUUCUAACACAUUUUCUUUUUUUCUUAUAUUAAACAGAGAUGCAAAGUUAUUCCACA